AUGGUAUCACUACGGUUUGCUACAAUACUAUUGUUUGCUCUGUUGGCAUUAUCGAUGACAGCAUUUGGCAUGCGACAGCGUGGUUGGAUUAGUCAACGUAAACAAUAUCAACGUCCUAAACAGGUUCAACGACCUUAUAAAUCAUCUCGUCAACAAUCUCGUCCAUUUUACGGUCGUCAUUACAGAGGAUGA